GUUCUUUAUACACCGGACAAAAAAUUUUGGAAAAGAAGUUUCAGGAACAAGGAAUAUUACACCCCAAAGUACUAAAAAUUAUUACUCAUUUGGACAAACAGUAUGAGAUUAUUGCGGGGAUCCUUGAUUAAGACAGAGCUGUUGAUAAGACUGUUCCUAAUCAUAUUUUUCUUUUACACAGACAAGUAUCCUGGUUUUGUGAGAAAGAUCCAGAGAGAAGAGUUCUGGCUGUACAACUUCCCACGCACACACAGUUACUAUCCUAGUGAAUAUCUAUGGCUAACAUUGUUUUUUGCGCCAUUAGUUUCUGUGUGGAUAGUUUAUCAUUUUACCAAAGAUAAAGUCGAUGCGGUCCAGUCAAUACUUGGUUCUUGUCUGUCAAUAUUCCUGGCAGGAAGUAUAACCAAUGUUGUAAAGAUAGGAGUUGGAAGACCUAGACCAGAUUUUCUAGCCCGGUGUUUUCCUGAUGGUGAUAUUGAUGAUUCUAUGGUAUGUAAAGGAAAUGAGAAAGAUGUGAUAGACGGAUAUAAAAGUUUCCCAAGUGGACAUUCAGCAUUAUGUUUUUCUUGCCUAGGAUUUAUAGCAUUUUACCUAGCUGGUAAACUACAUAUAUUUAAUCCGACUGGUCGAGGACAUGCAUGGCGUUUGAUGUGUUUUAUAUUCCUGUUGCUAUGGGCAACAAUGAUAGCUGUAUCUAGGACAGCUGAUUAUCAUCAUCAUUGGCAAGAUGUCACAGUAGGCAGUAUAUUAGGGUUGAGUAUAUCUUACCUUGUGUACCGUAUGUAUUACCCCUCGUUACAAAAACAGAACUGUCAUCUACCAUACGUGUCAAUAUCACCGACCGACACACAGAUUUCAUAUAGUGACCAUCGUACUGACGCGCCACGUACCCCGUUAUCACCUACGCACACCACAGAUAUAGAACAGCUUAUGAAAGUAGUCUAAUGAAAUUAUCGUUUAGUAAAUAUAUUAAAAUUGUAUAAAAAAAAAUGUUGUGGUGGUCUGGUCAGUAUUAUCUGUCUGAUUUCAAUCAUAACUAAAUUGAUGUUAAUUGGAACUCGACAAAUGCGGGAUUUUUCCAAGCUUAUAGUCCUGGUACAAACAAACUCUUACCAUUACAUAGCUUCGUGGAGCACUACCGUUCACAUUAGUCAACCUGUUGUGCUAAUUUUCGAAGCUGUAACUGUAAAAAUUUGUUUGUACCCUAGGAUUUGAUUGGAAAAACCCGAAAUAUUCUUAAUUCUGCAGUUAGUCUCUUGUUACAUUGUUGUUAUUGUUGUUGUUUGUUUUAAAGCAGCAUACCUCCAGAUUCAUGCUUAUUUAAAUGGAAAUGUAAUAUCAAAAAGAAAAUGAUGUUGUUCAAGUUGUUAUUAUUGUUUGUUUUAAAGCAGCAUACCUCCAGA